AUGUCUCCAGUCUUGAUUGUUGGCGCCACUCGGGGUCUCGGAGCCUCUCUGAUCAAGCAGUAUGCCGCAAAGUCCGGGACAACCGUGUACGGUACAACGCGUUCCAAGGCUGGCCCAGAGAAAGGCUUCCCCGAGAGCGUCAAGUGGCUGCCUGAGAUCGAUCUGAUGAAGUCCGAUGUCGCUGACCACUUGGUCAGCCUGCUGGGAGGCUCAAAGCCAUUGUCGACAGUGGUCAUCACGGCCGGAUACUUUGCGACCGAGGAUCUCAGCGCCGACAAGGGUCCGAACUGGUCUGAGGAACAGCGCAUGUAUACGACUAGCUCCAUUGCCCCCGUCUUCAUCGUCCAUGCGCUGUUGCAUGCCGGUCUCUUGCAGAAAGACUCCAAGAUCGUGCUCGUCUCAUCGGAGUCCGGGAGCAUCACCCUCCGACAUGAGAAGGAGGGCGGCGGUAACUACGCUCAUCACGCAAGCAAAGCAGCCCUCAACAUGGUGGGGAAGCUGCUCAGCCUCGAUCUCAAGGACAAGGGCGUCAUCGUCAGUAUUGUCCACCCGGGCUUCAUGCGGACCGAGAUGACCAAAGGCGUUGGCUUCGACAAGCACUGGGAUGAUGGAGGUGGUGAGUCUCCUCCCGUCAGAAUGUCCCUUGCAUGUGGUGAAUUACUGACGUCCAAAACCGCAGCUGUCACCCCCGACGAGGCGGCCGAGAGUCUCGUCGCGUGGACGGACAAGCUUGACAUAUCCAAGACAGGCGAGUACUGGGCACCGAGAGGUCCGGGUGACAUUGGCACGGCUGAAGCUGUGCUCGGAAAGGGGCUCUCGACACCGUUGCAUCUGCCUUGGUAA